AUGGAUGAUACAGUAACUUCUCCAGGUAAUAAAAUGGGUGAUUCGGCAUCAGAGAGUGACUCGAGUUCGCUCGAUGGCGGAGCUAUGUUGCCUCCAAGCACCGUUUCUCGGGAUCAGUUGCAGAAGAGAAUUGAAUCAUUGCAACAACAAAAUCGAGUUUUAAAAGUUGAACUUGACACCUAUAAAUUGAGGGUGAAGGCUUUGCAGGAAGAGAAUCGAGCACUGCGACAGGCAUCUGUGUCAAUUCAAGCAAAGGCUGAACAAGAAGAGGAAUAUAUUUCUAACACUCUGCUAAAGAAGAUACAGGCGUUAAAGAAAGAAAAAGAAACUUUGGCUCAUCACUAUGAAAGGGAGGAAGAGUGUCUUACAAAUGAUCUAUCUCGUAAAUUAAACCAAUUGAGACAAGAAAAGUGUCGCCUCGAGCAGACAUUAGAGCAGGAACAAGAAUGUUUGGUUAAUAAAUUAAUGAGAAAAAUAGAAAAAUUGGAAGCUGAGACAUUUGCUAAGCAGACUAACUUAGAAAGACUUCGCAGGGAAAAGGUAGAAUUAGAAAAUACCUUAGAACAAGAACAAGAGGCGCUAGUAAAUAGGCUUUGGAAACGAAUGGAUAAGUUGGAGGCUGAAAAACGUUCACUACAAAUAAGAUUAGAUCAGCCAGUAUCAGAUCCAGCAAGUCCUAGGGACAUCAGUAAUGGAGAUACAGCAUCUAAUUUAAGUAGUCAUAUUCAAACUCUGAGAUCAGAAGUUGUCAAAUUGAGGAACCAACUGGCCUUUUCCCAGAAUGAAAGUAAAGAAAAAAUGCAACGUUUUGCACUAGAGGAGAAACAUAUUCGAGAAGAGAAUGUACGAUUACAUAGGAAAUUACAACAAGAGGUCGAACGUCGCGAAGCUUUGUGCCGACACCUUUCUGAAAGUGAAUCUUCUUUGGAGAUGGAAGAGGAACGCCAAUUUAAUGAGGCUCUAAAUGCGCGGUCCAGGAGCGUGUCUUCGCCGGGCGGGUCGCGGCCACUGUCUCCAUACGCUCUGCACAACCCAGCUAGACCGGCGCUGCACUUUAAUUCACAGCAAGCUCGUCGUGCUAGCGAGCGUUUCGUGAAGCCGGCAGUUCCCGGUGCGGGCGUUUCGUUGCCUCCCCGUGUGCCUCUAGAGUCGGGCUCCGCCCCCGCCCCGCCGGCGCCCCCCUCGCCCUCCAUGCAGCCCGCGAGCCCCAUGGACACAUCCACCAGAGAAUGA